AUGGAUUUUGAAAAUGGCGUUCUAAACUUCAUAAAUUCGAUGUAUAGGAAUGAUAAAGCACCACUAACACUUGAUAGUGGUCUUAAGGAGCUUGCUCAGAAAGAAAUACGUGAUUACAAAGGAAAUGGAAUUCCAAAUCAAAGUUUUUACUUUAAAGUCCCAAUAACACAAACACCAAUUGAUGGAUCAAUGUUAUCUACGAUAAUUAUCCAGCAAAUUAUUAUCAACUCAGACGUAACAUUUGAUUUUAAAUCAGAUCAAGUUUCAAAGCUUGGUAUUGCCUUCCAAUUGAAGAGCAAGUCAAUUGCAGCACUAUUUAUAUCAAAUCGUAUAUUAAAACAGCAGUUUGAAUUUUGUAAUCAAAAAAGCAUCUCAAUUACUCCAAAAUCAAUGAAGAAACAAGUCAAAAUUGUACAACCAGUAUCAUCCCCUGCUAAUUCCAAGGUAUUAAAGCAUUCUCCGCCAUUACAAGUCAAAGAUCGACCAAAGAAAGCAAAAGAACCAAUAAUAGAAACGAACAAUUACCUUAUUCGUGUAAGAUCUGAAGCUCAGCAAGUCGUAACAUUGAUAGAAGAGUUCUUAAACGAAAAAAGGAGAGGUGCACAGCUUCCGGAGCUUAAAUGCGAUAAAGACACGCUUAAGAUAUUUAUGGAAAUGCACAGAAGAACAAUUCUGUCAAGCGAUAGUGUUGAAAAAGAGAAUUACAGCAAUUUUGAAAGUUAUUACGAUAAAACAUUUGUUUUUACUCAAAAUCAGGAAGAAUCGAUGAAGAACUUCGUAAGCAUCGUUCAGGAUCAUCUCUGGAAGCGAAUUUCAGAUGAAACUCACUCUUAUAUGGAAUUAUUCAAAGCCUGUGACACAUUGCUUGUUUCUGUUUUCGAAACCCGAAAAUUCUUCUCUGCAGUUGUUUUAUUAGGUCAAAAGAAGCAAAAUCCGGUCCUUCCAAGAUUAGAUGAUCUUACAACGAAAAAUGAGGAAAAAAUGCUUUUAAAUGUUGUUUUCUACAACGUAAUAGCAUUCAGGAGUAAUAAUGACAGAGAAAAUCUUAAAACAACUCAGUUAUUGAAGGACCGCGCAAUGAAAAUUUCUCGAGAGUACAAAGGACAAAUAAACAAGUGCCCAAGCUCGUUCUUCUAUAGCUCGAAGAGAGCUAAAGGUCUAUUUUUAUGCGUAAAUCCUAAUAAUUCUCUUGUCGAAAGCUGCAACCUGAUCAAGAACCUUGAAAAGCUCCAGAAAGAAUAUAUACUUGAUGAAAACUGCAAAGGUGUUGGUAUUGGUUUAUGGACAGAUAAGGAUAAGAAAUUAAUUUUUAUUACGUUAGAUAAAUAA